UUAGACUUAUCCACUAGUAGGACCUGUGGCUGGAAAAAGGCAGCUGGACUGCAGGGAAAUAACUUCCCAGUCCAGGCUCAUUUGUAACACCUUUAUUUAAAUAGAAAUAGUUGAAGAAAGUCUGCAGCUGGGAAAGGCUCAAUGCGCACUUGAAGGAACAGGUUUUCUUUUUUCCUUUCUUUGGCAGUUUCCUCCAUCCUCCCCAUCGUGCGCCUGGAUGCGCCCAGCAGACCUGCAGAAGACGUAUCCUCUCUGUCACAUCAUCAUCAUGCGGGGGAUUUUGCCCUUUAUUGUCGCCGUUGCGUGCUCAGGUGGGAUCUGGGGGUGUCAGCUGCCCCACGACUGGAGACCGCAGACAGAAGCGUGCAGAGCCGAACUGGCCGAGAUCAUCGUUUUUGCCAAAGUCCUGGCGCUGCACAAGGAGUCGUACAGCGUGUACAACUACCUGCCGUGGCAGCACGACUCCGACCUGCUGUUCUCCGCGGAGAUCGAGCUGCUGUGCGACCAGGCGUGGGGCAGCAUGCUCGAGGUGCCCGCCGGCUCCAGGUUCAACGUCAGCGGCUUGGGAUACUUACCCUGCUUCUCCUACAGCGUCACCAAAAACAACAGCUACUACUUCUUUCUAAGGAUGGACGAGAACUAUAACAUCGUUCCCCAUGGAGUGAACUUUCAGGACCCCAUCUUUCCUGAUACACCAGAGAAUCACCGCAUGUUUGCUAGUCUCUUUCAAUUUUCCAACUGCACAGCAGGAACCCAAGUUCACAGCUUUACUCCAGAGUGGGAGGCUCAAGAAGACAGCAGGUUGUUGUGCUCCACGGUGCAAAAGGCUCUGUUUGAGGAGGAAGAGAUGGUGAGGACUCUCUCCCAGAAAGUACGCACUUUGGAGAAAGCCAAUGGUCACCUGAGGGAAAAAGUAAAGACCCUGAAACGUCAGCUGCGCCAGGCCCAACGAGAAGCAACAAAAGAGCACCAGACCCUGACCCUCAAACAGCUCUAUGAGUCAAAGACGCCCCAAACCCACCCUGUUCAGGACACCCAAGAUCAGAAGAGCCCACAUCUUAGGAAGGUGCUGUCCAAAAAGCUGAAAAACUAAUUUGUUUUUUUUUUCCCGUCUGUGAUGGUAAGGAAAAGAUUGUGAAUGAAAAGUUUGUCAAGAAAAGGAAUUCAGCUCGAUUCAAAUUAACAUGAUGGACAAGAUUAUUUAUCCAUGUUUUCAAUAUUAAAACAUUUUGGAAUAUUUCAUUGAUAAAUUGUUCUAUCUUCAAGUGCUGGACACAUCCUGCAUCACAUGAAUAUUAAUUUCUUACCUUUAAAUAUAUUUGGAUGCUCCGAAUUAUUACUUCUUUCUUUUAAAACUCCACAUCUUCAUUUCAUUUGGAUUCUCGUCACAAUGAGUAAAUGAAAUAAAAAAUGACAUUAUGUUGAUAAUAGAUUCCUUUAGAUGUUAAAUGUGCAAGACUGGGAUCUAGAAGGAGCAUCUGUACUGAAAAUAUAGUAAAUAAUCUGCAGUGAAAUCAGGAAUUUAGAUCCAGAAGAACAGAGGUUAAAGCAAAUCCUAAAGGAUGCAUGUCACAUCAGGUCAUGUCAGCUUUCUCUUGGAAGCAACUUCAAAGACAAAUAGAUCCAAUGAGAUAUUCUUCUUUAUUAACUUCAGGAAUUACAGUUGAGACAGUCAGAGACAUAUUUGGUGGCACUGGUUGGUGAACAAUGUCUUAACAUGAGCAUAUGGUGAGCAGUUUAAAAGUUACAGAAUUUGUCAGCUUUGGCCAUUUAUCAAUAUUUACUCUUUUCACAUUCAGUUCAUUUUUGCCAAAAAUGAAUUUGCAAAGUUGUCAUUGGUCUCUAUGAUUUUUACUCAAUCAUAGUGUCUUUUAAUGUGUUUCGAGGUGCUGAGCACCUAUUAAGUCCAUGAUGACUUAUUUCUUUAUUUGCUCUCUCUAGCAGAAAAGAGGGUUUUCUUUCUAUGUUUUUCUUGAAAUCAUACAUUCUGUACUUGCCUUUGUCAUUUUUCAGCAUUCGUCAAACCAUAAACUACUUGCCUUGCCCAUUGCGCAAUAUAUUUUGUAGUAAUAACUCAAUAUUUUUCUUAAUAAAAUAACUUUAAAAAAAGCAUAU